GCUUUGCACUGUUAGCACAGCCAUAUAAAAAUGCCAUAUCAUUUCAGCAGAAAAAAUGAUCUCAUGUUGAAGUUGAGCACGAGACUUCUUAGGAACAAGAGCGGAGCCCAAAUCUCAAUACAAUCAAUCAAGUCUAUCUGUCUCUCUCUCACUGAAACUUCCGUGUCUCUUUCCUACUCCUUUUUCAGUUUUUUAGUUUCUGCUUUUGCCUCUCGCGAGCAAUUCGAGGAAAAAAACAACAAAGAAAAACUGACUCCGCCCACCCUGCUCGCUCGCUCACUUUCUCUUUCUUCCCCUCACCCCGCCGCCGAUUUCAUCCUCUGGAGACAUUGUUGGGAAGUGGAGGAAAUGGCGGGGAAAGAUGACAAGAAAAUCACCCGAGUUCUCUUUUGUGGGCCGCAUUUUCCUGCUUCGCAUAUUUACACUAAAGAAUACGUGCAAAAGUACCCAUUUAUCCAGGUUGAUGAUGUUCCGCUCUCUGAUGUGCCUGAUGUAAUAGAGAAGUACGAUAUUUGUGUUUCCAAAACUAUGCGGCUAGAUUCUAAUUGUAUAUCUCGUGCUACCCAAAUGAAGCUUAUAAUGCAGUUUGGUGUUGGCCUAGAUGGUAUUGAUAUUGAUGCUGCUACAAGAUGUGGAAUCAAAGUUGCUAGAAUUCCAGGUCAUAAUACAGGAAAUGCAGCAUCAUGUGCUGAAAUGGCUAUAUACUUUAUAUUGGGCCUUCUCAGGAAGCAGAAUGAGAUGCAGCUUUCUGUAAAGCAGAAAAAGCUUGGAGUUCCAGUUGGUCAAACGCUACUUGGCAAGACAGUAUAUAUAUUGGGAUUUGGAAACAUAGGGAUUGAAUUGGCAAAGCGCUUACGACCAUUUGGUGUAAAAAUCAUUGCCACAAAACGGAGUUGGAAUUCACAUUUACAAGUUUCUAAUCAACCAAGCGGGCUUCCCAUUCAGAAUGGUUUCAAUGAUGAUUUGGUUGAUGGAAAGGGUAGUCAUGGUGAUAUUUAUGAGUUUGCUAGCAAUGCUGAUAUAGUUGUUUGUUGCUUGAGUAUGAAUAAAGAGACAGAAGGUGUUGUAAACAGAUCAUUCAUAUCCUCAAUGAGAAAGGGUGCCUUAUUGAUAAAUAUUGCUCGAGGGGGUCUCCUGGACUAUGAGGCUGUUCUGCAGCACCUUAAGUCAGGUCACUUGGGAGGAUUGGGCAUUGAUGUUGCUUGGACUGAGCCAUUUGAUCCUGAUGAUCCAAUUUUAAAGUUCGACAAUGUUCUAAUCACUCCUCAUGUAGCAGGUGUAACAGAACAUUCUUACAGAUCCAUGGCUAAGGUUGUUGGGGAUGUUGCCCUUCAACUUCAUGCAGGCACUCCAUGGACAGGCAUAGAGAUUGUGAAUUGAUCGACUACAUAGCCUCUAUGAUUUGGAUCCAAUCUUCAAUAGCUAAGGCCUUCUGAGAUGUUUGCUUUCUAAUGCUUCUUAGGUAGCUCAAUAAAUGCCCAAUGGACGAGUGUUGUGAUGAUAGUCAAUGCAUUAAACCGGCAGUCAAUAACAUGGUUGGUUAUGGUGUAUAUGCUGCUGUGAUGUUAGAGAUGGGCAAUUUCAUAAAAUCAAUAAUUUAUUAAAAUCAA